AUGAUGGUUGCAGUAUUCCAUAGGAACGCUAGCUGUGGUAUGUUUGAGCGUGGGUACCGUCGCAUCCGAAUUAUACAUCGAAUUAGAGGUCGCAACGGCAAUGAUAAAUUAGAAUUCAAGAUACUGCCAGAAGUUGGAACUCGUUUGGAACAAACCUUGCUGUUUAACUAUGGGCAUCCAUCAGAAUCGGAAGUGACUGAAGCUUGGGAUCGUUUACAGUCAGAAGUCUGUCCUCCAGUCCUAAAACAGUUAUCACUUUUAUUCGAUUUUUUGGUAAAGUAUAAUGGUAAAGUAUAA